GAGCUCUGGGCGAGGCAUGAGCUGAACCAGGACCGCUCUCAGAGCGCGACAAGGGAGAAGUACGUGGAGUCUCUGAAGAUCAACGGGUGGCUGCUCGGACAGCGAGGGGAGAUUCUCUUCCAGUAUGGCGGGCAGUACAAGUCCAGGGUCUCGACCAACGUGCACCGCAAGUUCAGGUGCAUCGGAGGAGCGCACUUGAUCGAGGCCUUCUACAUCGCCCUCAGGAGGGAUCAGAAUAACAAGCAGCUGGAGGCCACCCUCAAGGGCGGGGUUCCGAAUUGCACGGAGAUCGUGGCGAACGCGCCCAAGGACGCAAUCAUAUUCUUCAAGGAUCUUUCGAACACUCUCCACGGCGUGGCUAGUGCGACUGGCUUUGUGCAACUCUAUUCGAAAAUACCUGAUAUGGUGGACGGCUGGGCCAAUCAUUGGAAGGCAAAAAAGAAAGCCGCGAUUGCGGCCGGCAAGGGCCAACCGAAGCGGCGGAAGCUCGGCAGGAAGACUUCCCAACCAGAGGAGCCCCCCGUGCCUGAUCUUGAAGAUGCUGAUGCGGCGGGCAGCGAGCAGGCCGAUCCGGGUAAGAACAGCGAGGCUGACCAGUGGGCGCGGCUGCAGAGGGCGUUCCCAAAAACGCUCUCGUCUUUCAUCCUGUACAAGCGGUGCCGCGCGCUGAAGGCUAAGCUAUCGAUUGGGGAUUCACCAACCAUCUGGGACAACUUCGAGGUACGCAUGAAUGCCACCUGCGAGUUCACGGACAUCGGCGAUAUGAAACUGCACGAGGCCCUUAUGGCAGCGCAGUGCCAGGUUGUUUUGGCCCUGCAGACUUUACCUGAGAAGAUCUUCAAGAUGCUGGCCUUGCCAAUCCUGUGUCUCACAGUGCCUUCGACUCACGAGAUGCCCUUCCUGCUCAAGAGCACGACCGAUGCCCUCUCUCUACAGAUUGGCCUCCUACCUGCGAAGGUUGCCACGCAAGGGGCGCCGUUGAAGGCGCCGGCAGCCAAGGCCAAGGCAAAGGCGAAGGCAGCCGCACAAAGCGGGGGCGGUGAUAACAUUACUGUAUUUGAGGACUGCUUGGAUAUCAUCGAGAGAUGCAAGCGCAACGCUGUCCAUGUCGGAGAGACUGCGUCUGACAUGGCCAUCGCCUACCUCGUCGAGUUCUUAGUGUUCAAGUUCACUGCAGUCACUGUCGGCAGUAAGAAGUUGAAGAUCAAGACCUACAGCAAGCUUCGAGGCGCUCUUGCCCAGCACUGCGUUGCUGCUCACACGUUCAAGGAGGACGAGACGCAUGAGCACCUGCGCGACCUUGGCAUCGGCACUGAUCCGCAGGCCGGCGCUGAGGGCGAAGAAAAGGAGGCACAUGAAGAUGUCAAGGAAGAGAUUGUUCUGGGUCCAGCCCCGAACGGCUGGAAAACCGAGGAGUUGAAAUUGAUAUGUGAGUUUCUCAAGGAUGAGCCGAACAUCGUCACUGACGCAGAGAGUCUUUGGGGCGAGUUUUCAAUGUGCGCUUCGUCAGGUACAGAGACAUUCCAGACAAUUGCUUCUGUAACUCACCUCGUGAACCGCCUUUCCAAAGCGAUGCAGUCAGUGUGGGCAGACGUGACAUGUCCACUUGGCAAGCAGAGCAUGCUUCUCGCAGACAUGGGUGAGGUCACUGAGUCUGAGCUUACGGACUGCCAGAUCAAGGAGAGCUUAGCAACAGAAGAAAAGUGGAUGGGUUUCUUCAUUGCGCUGUCCCCCAUCGUGGAACAAUGUAUUCCAUCGAACCUGGUCAAGUCCUGCAAGAUGCUCGUCGCCUGCGUUGACGAGGCUGCCCUGACGGAUAAUCAAAGCGUCAAGCUCAGCCUUGCUCUGAAGGACGUUCACUACGUCGUUGCAGAAUUUGCCGAGGCCAGUGGUGACGCCUUGUCAACAGUUGGGUUUCUAAUGGAGCUUCGAGCUGCGUUGACUGUUAAACUACUCGAGGAGAUUAAUUCCGCACUCAAGACCAAGACGAAGAGCAACAAGGAGUAUGUUUUCAUCAGCCUGGCGAACUUGCUGAAGUCAAUGUCUGCUGAGGUGGCGAAGCGCGACUUCUGCUGCGAUGGCAAGAAGGAUUGGACUGACUCCUGGGCGGCUGCCGCAGCCAAGGCACGCGAGCUCCUGAAGGCUGAGGCGGCUGCACAUGAAGCCGCACAGAAAUUAGACCUGAAGAAGUUAACGCUGGACCUUCUGAAGGGCAAGGCUACUCAAUGUGGAAUCGAGCUCGUUGGCAGCGAGACCAAGACAACGUUGAUCGAAGCAAUUGUGAAUCACCAUAAGAACAAGGUCAAGCAGGAACCAGAGGAUGAACAGGAGCAUGGCGCGGCGGAUGAUAAUACCAGCGCGACCUUCACUGAAGAGCAGUUGCGACUCUUUGUGAGCCAGCCGCGCACGAGACCGGGAGCGGCCGCCACAGACGGUACAGAUCAGGAUCAGGCGGCAAAGCGUGAGAGGAACAUCGCAGAGUUGGUCCGAGUAUACGACAGCACAGCCUACCCAGCGAUCACCUCUAUCAUGCCCGUGCAUGAUGCAGCAGUGGGCAGAACUACGCUGGCAGCCCCGGUCACGAUGCAGCUCCAGAAGCUCCAGGCUUUCAACCUGGAUGCCAUUUGCCUCAAGGUCAAAGCGGGGAGCUCCAUCGCAGAUUCAAUCGGAUCCAGUUUCAAGCCGAAGCUUUUCGUUGACUAUGACAAGCUUGAUUGGGAUGCCUUUUCGCUGCCCUUGAAAGGCAGAGUGGUCUGCGCCAUCGGCAACGCUGGCCAGAAGUCCUUCUACGACAUGGGCUCGAUCGGCAUCGACGAUACAAAGUACAACGUGAUUGCCACUCCAGGCGACUUCGACCUGGGCUGGCGAGUCAAGGCGCUCAGUCCUGACAAGGAGGACAUUCCCGCGCUGGUUCCGCACGCUAUCGACGUGCAGCUGAAGGUGGCUGACAUCAAGAGGGCACUGGACUUCACGGUCCUCAAGAUGAAUCCCGACUUCAAGAAAGAGAUCGAGCACAUGAAGAUGGAGCGGCAGCAGCUUCACGACGGUGGCGAGACAUGCGGCCCUUUCGUGUUCGAGCUCACCAGGGCAGCUCUACCAGGAGAGAAGGCAGCCUUCGAGGCGAAGGUUGAGAAGGCAAAGGGCCGUGAGAAGCAGAGAAAGGCCGCGGAGAAGCUCCAGGCUGAAUUCGACGAGGAGGCAGAGGGCGACGCUCGCCUGAGCGUGGAUGAGCUGCUCUCUGUCGCGCCUCACGUGGUCAAGAAAUAG